AUGGCUAAUAACUACGGAAACGCCGGCUACAGCGGACCCCCACCCAAUGGACCAUAUGGAAAUGCUGGAUACAACGGACCAAACGGACCAUAUGGAAAUAAUUCCGGACAACCGCACCAAGACGGAAUCCCAACGUUGCAUUAUGGAAACGGAGGAUAUUCUGGUCCACAGGCUCAAUACGGAAAUGGGGGACAGGGACAACCAUCUGGACCUUAUGGUGGUGCUGGAUUCGCUGGACCAACUGUUGGAUCUGGAUUUGGAAAUGCUGGAUAUGCUCCUCCACCACCACAUGGAGCGCCGGGACCUGGAUUUGUGCCGGGAGGAGUUGCAGUUCAUGAUGAUCAUCAUGAUGAUCAUGGAAAGCAUGGGAAACAUGGGAAGAAAGAACAUCAUCACCACCAUCACCAUCACCAUCAUGACCACCGCCACUAA